AUGCGGGGGUCCAACACAGCUUCUGAGAUUGCUCGCAAGAAUUCUAACAAGGGUUCCUUUGGCGGUGGGGGUGUAACACAAGGUGCUGCAGGGGGGUCUUCAGUUGCUGCUGGGGCCAUAGGAGCAGCAGUCGGUGCUGGUGGAUUGGCUGGUAUCCUGUGUCUUUCUGGGGUAAUCUGCCAACCUGAAAAAGAAGUAACUCAGACCACAACCUCUGGGAACUUCAGAGUAGCAGGUCUUUCUAGGCCUCCCGAUGCAACUGAGACCGCUGAGCUAUUUGAACAACUCCGUCAGUUUUGGGAAUUGCAGAUUGCCCGGUCCUUUGGGAAUUUUGCCAGACAAGAAGAACUUGAAACAGAAACCCUUAGAUUUGUUGGAUUGACAGUCAAUGUAACAAGAUCCGAUGUCAUUCAAAUAGCAGCUUCACCAUCCACAGCGGGGUUUCAUGGCGAAGAACAAAGUGCCCCUACUUGUACCAGUGAUGAUGAUCAUGAAGAUACAUCAAGUCAUGAAAGAAGAAGACUACGUGGUCGGUUUCUGCAGCAAGUGGACACCCAGCUGGUGGACUUGGCCAUCCAACGUGCAAACUACGACACCUUUGUCGCCGAUUAUGUGCCAAACCUGCCCACAACAAAUGUGUUCAGAGCUUCCAAUAUCUCGGCACCAUCAAUUACAGCAACCAGUACUACAACUCCAGUACCAUCUUCUUCUCCAACAUUUGCACCUUCAUCUCAACCUUCAACAACCCCAUCAGCAGAACCAUCAUUCAUUCCCAGUGAUUCAAUCGUCCCUUCUUCAAUUCCAACUUUUUCACCAACUACCGAAACUCCAACCACCGCGGGACCCACUGUUUCGCCGGGGAAUCCAAGCGCCAGCCCCACAACCUUGAGCCCCAGCACUGCCACUCCGACCACCAGCACACCCACCACAGCAACGCCCACCACGAAACUGUGA